CGCUAGGCACGAAGUAGAUAAGGUAAGAUGUUCCUUAAUAGCCUUAAUUGCCUUAAUUGAUUCUCAUGGGGGGGAAACGGAAAACGGGAAACGGCCACAUGUGUGAUUGUUUAUUCCUUAUUCCCCGAUACAUGACUCGACAUCGACCCUCGUUUCAUAUCAUUUACUUUCUUCAUAUCUCUCGUGGAUGCACAAGCUCAUUCGAAUAUCAGGCAACGCUCUUUUGACAGACUAUAACUACCUAGGAGUAUCUAACCCGAAGCUGUUGAACAGCCUUGACCCACGCUCAUUUGGCCCUGCGCUCUCCGCCUUUCGUUUUUUUCGCCUUUCUAUUCUGAUAUCGAAACCUCCUCCGCGAUUCGAUCAACACCGCAGCUACUAAAUUUAAACCGCUGUCUUCCCCAGCCAGAUUACUAAAACCCCAUAUUUCAGGGCAUCAGUCAUGGCAACUAACCAAAAUGAGCGACCAACCUUUCGCCGCGACUCUCCCUCACCCGAGAGAGCCCCUCGUCCAGCCAUAGGUUCUAACAGGGCAGACUCGGCUCGGAUUCUUUCGACCACAUCAUCCGCCUCUCGUGCCUCGAGUGCUGACGGUUCGUAUCGAGAUUCACUAGUUAGUGAUACAUCUAGGCUGUCUUCUUCAAGCUACGCCUCAUCGCGUUUGUCUACAAUAAGUCUAGAUAGGCCUCUAAAGAGACGUGGUUAUACAAAACCGCAAAGGACAGACUUUGCUACCAGUGCAAGGCAUCGAGAGAGUGUUCUGAGUUUGGGAAGUAUAUCUCAUCUUCAGUACUACUUUGCAAGGACAGGGCUGUUAGAUGGAAAAGGAGGGCAGCUAGCAAGAAAAAGACACCCGAGAGCCACGUUAGACUUAUCACUGUUGGAUCCCUCUGCCGUGCUAAACCAGAAAGCCUCCGGCUCGGAUGUAGACUCUUCUUCCUCCAUAGGCAGCAGCCCAGACCUUGGUGCUCAGAGUUUUGGUAAUGGUCUCAUGGUUGAGUCACCCAGUGAAGACCAAGAGGGAUUCUAUUGGGAUGAUUUCGAAGAUCCAGAUAUGGAUGUCUUACCACCAACUACAAGCACCUAUAAUCAUCGGGAGAAACAUAUUCCUAAACCUCCCACGGCUGAAGAGAUGAAAGCAGACCUAACGAAGGCGCUGGACGCUGCCUCGAAAACACUUGUAGAGGCGGCGCCGAUAAAUUCGUCAACUCGAUCUCCAGGGCAUGCCAAGCCAACGCAAACGAUGUACGAAGUCCAAGGAGUACAAUUGCUCGACGUGAUGACACUAGCUAUUCGCGCUGCAAAGAUCUACUACACGGCGCACGAGCAUCCAGACCGUUUGGACUCUAUCAAGUCCGAAAAAGAGAUACGCUCGGAGCUGCUUUCUGUCAUGGAGGUAUUAAAACACAUGGCAACUAGGUGUUUUGCCGGCGGUCCUCGUGGCGAAGAGCACAAUACGAUGACUUCAUGGAUCGAAAGUAUACGCACCAUGCUUCGCAGAGAGGAAGAGAUAGAGAAGGCCGAACGUGCCGAGAGGGCUAGCUGGACGUGGAUAAAGGGUGACUGGUCGGGAAGAGAAAUCGAGCGCGAGAUUGCGUUUUUAAGCUCGAUCGACACCGAAGCUGAACCGUUGCCUCUGUGGACGCCAGUUGGCGAAGCGACACAGUUGCCAACCCCAUUCCUAGAGAGCCUGCAGAACGGUCUAAAGCUUGUUAAGCUUCAUAACACAGCAGUCAAGAAGUCACGGCGACGCUUUGGCGCCAUUGGAACCUUCCACACGGACACACAAAAGCCGUAUCGGUGCGCAGAGAACUUGCGAUACUGGAUUAAAGCGGCCGAGCUGCGAUAUGAAGUGAUGCUGAAGGUGGACGUUAUGGGAGUAGUCUACAACACCGACCCCCAAGUAUGGGUAGACUUCGAGGCGGCAAUCUGGAAAUGGUGCCGGACGGUGCGAGAGGAGAUCACAACCGAGUGGGAAAAAGCAGAAGCAGAAGCCGAAGCCGAAGCCGAAGCCGAAUCACAAUGACGGAUGUGUGUUUAUCAUUUGUGUGUUUAUCAUUUUUUUUUCUUUUUACGAGUUCACGUUUAUGACGUUCUACACAGAAAGUUCCGUCUCCGGAACUUUGCAGAGUCACUGUAUCAGCUCAGUUGCUGGUAACCAUGCUACAUAUAUAGGUAACAAGGACGCUGCUGCAUCACGAUUUACACCAUAUACCCCAGGAGCAUAUUGGCUGCACUGUAUUAUUUUGAUCCUCAUCGAGAGGUUUAAAUUGCAGGAUAAGUUAAUGAACGAUCAAACUUUAUAUUUUUAAUCAACUUCGACUAUAGCAGAUAAUUAGCUUGUUUAGCUAAGUUUUGAGAUACACAAUACUUUAGCCUUUAAAGCAAUGGAAAUUAUUCCCAAGUCAUUCAUCAUUAGCAUAUACAUGUAUUAUAGAUUAUAGAUACCUUUUUUUACCUUCAAUGUUGUUAAUAUUACGAGAGGCAGUACAUAGCAUGUAAUAAUUAUCAUUAUUCUCUUCUAUAAA